AUGAUAUUUUUAGUCAUUUCCUCUUUUCUCGGAGUUUUAGUGUCUUCUCUCGACAUAUCAUUACGACCAUUGUACUCAACUAAUGAAGAAAAAUACGCCCACUUCAAAUCUCUUCAAGUCCUUGCCAAACUUUCUAGCUCAAAAGUUGAUGUCCCACUAAAGAACUACCAAUCAGCUCAAUACUAUGGCCCAAUCCACCUUGGCACACCCCCACAAGAAUUUCAAGUCGUCUUUGACACAGGUUCCUCCAACCUCUGGGUCCCUUCAAAAUUUUGUAUAUCUCCAUCCUGUCUUUUCCAUAAUAAAUACAGACGAGACCAAUCAAACACAUAUGAAUCUGAUGGAACCCCUAUCACAAUAGAAUACGGCUCAGGAAAAGUAGAAGGUGUCCUUUCUCAAGAUAAAGUUACAUGGGGAGGCAUAGAAGUCCCAAAGGUCCGUUUUGGAGAAAUGAUUCUCGUAAGUGGUACUUCCUUUUUACUAGCUAAAUUUGAUGGAAUUUUAGGGAUGGCCUGGAGAGCUAUUUCUGUUGAUGAUAUUGAGCCAGUUUAUCAGACUAUGUAUGACUUAGGAUUGCUUGAAGACGAUUCCUUCGCGUUUUAUUUAACAAAAGGGGAUAAUCAAGAUGGAAGCAUUUUAACGCUUGGAGGCUAUAAUGAAAAAUGCUAUCAAGGGGACUGGAAUUAUGUAGAUUUGGUAGAAGAUGACUAUUGGCUAAUUCAAAUAGAUAAAAUUAGUGUGAAUGGAAAAGAAAUUGAUGUCCAAAAUAUUAGAGGAAUUGUAGACUCAGGAACCUCUGCACUUGUAGGCGACAAUUCAGUUAUUAAGCUAAUCAACAGCGAAAUUCCACAGAUUAAUACUGAUUGCUCUAAUAUUCCUGACCUGCCUGAUGUCACUGUAACUAUUGGUGGUAUUGAUUAUGUAUUAAAACCUGAAGACUAUGUUAUAGAAAUGUCAAUAGCUGGAAAAUCAAUUUGUGAAAAUGGCUGGAUUGGUGCAGGCUUCCCAGAAAAGUUUAAAAAUGUCGUGAUUUUAGGAGACUUAUUUAUUAGAACUUACUAUACCCAUUUUGACUAUGGAAAAUCCAGACUAGGAUUUGCAACUGCAGUUUAA